UUUUCUUCCUCUCUCAAACUUGAUACCCCUCACAAUCCUCACUUCUCUCUAAUCACCACCAAUCUACCAACAAACACCAACAAUACAGCCAAAAUGACUGAGCUCAAGGCCGGCGACAACUUCCCUGAGGGUGUCUUCUUCAGCUACAUCCCUCCCACCCCUGAGAUCUCCAAGUUCUCUACUUGCGGUACUCCCGUUCCCUACAACGCCAGCCAGGAGUUCAAGGACAAGAAGGUCGUCCUCGUCUCCAUCCCCGGUGCUUUCACCCCCACCUGCUCCGGCUCCCACAUUCCUUCCUACACCGAGCAUAUCGACAAGAUCAAGGCCAAGGGUGUUGACCAGGUCAUCGUUGUUGCCUUCAACGAUCCCUUUGUCAUGAACGGCUGGGCCAAGGCCAACGGUGUCACCGACGACAGCAUUCUCUUCAUGUCCGACAAGGAUGCCAAGUUCUCCCGCAGCAUUGGCUGGAACUUCGAUGAGCGAACUGGCCGCUUCGCCAUCAUCAUUGACCACGGCAAGGUCACCUACGCCUCCAAGGACGACCACCCCCAGAGCAUUGAGACCUCCGGUGCUCUCGGUGUCCUGGCCCAGCUGUAA